GGAUCGUGUAUGCGGAGGUGGCUUCGGCCACUUGGGCAUCGUCAUUCGCGAAGCGGCCGUGUAGCCGGCGUCAUGUGGCGAAUCGGGAGGCUGGUUACGAGCGCUAGGUGCUAGCUGAACUAUCAGCUCAAAGCUAUUGAGGUACCACAGCUUAAACUUCGCAUAAACACGAGAAUGGUAGGUAUAUAGUCAGCUCGCCCUCAUUCGCAACACUUUCAUCACCAGCUCAUUACCAGACUAUUGCAACACUCGCUUCAUAUAUCUUAGCAUCUUGAUAUACUCUAAUCGCAAAUCAACACCCACAACAGCAAUCAUGCGUUACACCAUCUUUACUCUGGCCGCAGCUGCCUCAGUCGUUUCAGCGCAGUCCUCUUCCUCUCCAGCCAGCGCAUCUCCCACAGGCACCCUCAUUCCCGUUGGCGAGAAGUGCGACCCCAACGGCACACCAUGCGCACUCGGCGCCAACUGCUACGCAGUCAACUCCAUGCUCCAACCCGUCUGCGGCAACUUCCAGGCCUCAUGCAAAAACGACCAGCAGUGUGCUUUCAACACAUGCAACCUUGAGCAAGGUCUUUGCAACGGCUUCAUCGCUUCCUCCUCGGCCUCAUCAUCCUCGGCGUCAGCAACGAUCACCACUACACCGACUGCACCGGGCCCAAUGCCUGCUCCUUCAUCAACCAUCGUCGCCCCUGCUGGAUCUCUGCCCCUCGGUGCCGAAUGCAACCCUUACGUCAACCCAAGCCAAUGCGCGAACGGUGUGGACUGCUGGGCUAGCAAUGCCAUGUUGAUUGCCCGCUGCGGUAACUUCAACGCUGAGUGCUCCAGCGAUGCGCAGUGUGCCUAUAACACCUGCAGCGGCGGACUCUGCAGAGGUUUCCUGCCAUCCAGCGCUAUGCCUGUCCAGCCAUCCAGCGCCAUGCCCGUUCAGCCAUCUAGCAUGAUGAGCGCGGUGCACCCAUCCAGCAUGAUGAACGGUACCGUGCCCAUGCAGCCAACUGGCACCGGCGCUGCUAGACCUACCGGUAACGGAACUGCCACUUCCACUGGUUCUGUCGAGUUCACUGGUGCUGCAUCUGCCGACAACGUCGCUGGUGGUGUUAUGGCUAUUGUCUUCGGUGCUGUUGCUUUGGCUUUGUAGAUAUUAGAAUUUGUAGGCUCUUAAACCUGCUGUAUGGUAUGUUCUGCCACCGGUUAUAAUUACCUAAUUAAUACGACGCUUUAUGAAGAUUAUUCCUGCUACCUUCAUCGCAUAUGCCAUAGU